UAGUGUGCGUGUGUGUUCUUGUCGUUCUCCGUCGGAUGAGUCAGUUUCAUCUCGUUUGUUCACCGCUGUGAACGGGAAAUAUUUUGCCUGUUUUUUCCGCGAAAACUUGUUGAUCCGUGGCCGAGAGAAUCGGUUUCAAAUUUCCCGUCUAGAGCUUCGGAUUUUCCGUAAACGAGCACGCACGCAAUGGACCGUUUCAACGAGUACUGGGAGCAACUUUCCAAUAAGAGUGACCCCAUCGGAAAGGAACUGAUCAGCUACUACAAAACCCUGCACGAGACGGAGGAUGGCUCGCACCUGUCCGAGCACGUGUGCAACUUCCUGCUGCAGAAUCUGCUCCGCAAUCCGUACCCCACGUGCCAGCUGUUGCGUCUGCUGGCCACGUCGCGCAUUCCGAGCAAAAACAGCGCCAUCCGGGAGGUGUGCGACGCCGGAAUGGUCGACUUUCUGGAGAGCUUUAGCGCCGAGAAGGGGGACAAGUUUUACAACCUGAUUGCGAACAACCUGCUGUCGAGCGGGGCGAUCGAUCAGGUCGUUCCGGCGGUGCUGGAGAUGCUGGGGGAGGGCAAGGUUGAUCGGGAGCGGUUGCUGUUGGCGCUAGUGGCGCGGCGGUCGCAGAAGCUGUUGAAGCAGUUUUUGAGGGAGAUGGAAGUGCCAAGGGAGGUGCAGUUUCUGAUGGAGGUUAUUGACGGGAAGCGGCACUUUGUGGAGAGGAUUUUGACUGAAGGAGGGCAGAUACCGUUUCAGGAUGAGUUUGUACGGGAUUACAUCCGGUUGUUCCAGGUGAUUUCUGAGGUGAAUGCUGGGAAAGCGGUUGAGGAUGUUCCUGCGGAGUUGGUUCUUCCCGAAGGGAGUGCACUUAAGAUGUACCACCUUGAAUUAAAGCGAACUCAGUUACUUCAGAAGUUGUUCAGUGGAAGCCUAGAAGACACUUUGCGGAUGCAGGACUACGCAAAGGAAUCAUCCGUUUUGGCAUUAUACUUGAAGCAGAGGAAGUUGAUUGAACCAGCCGGCUACGAGCAGUUGUUGGAAGUGAUCGCGGAAAAUGAUCGUCUUAAUCGGGAAAUCCUGGCGGGAGUUGAAGUCGAUCAACCGGAGGACUACAAACUGUUGCAGAUGUUAAUUCUUUGGAAGCACGUAAUGGAGAUGAUUCAGCUCCCGCCGCAGUUGCACACCUUUGAGGCCAUCUUAGAAAUCAAGACAAACGCCAUCCGGAACACGCUGAAAUCCGUUGACGAUGUGCAAAUCUUCGUGGAACUGCUGGAGAGUCUCCUGACGUUGCUGUUUGUCCGUUACGAGCAUUUAUCGCAGAAGUCAACCACUUCCGGUGGGUUCAUGUGCUCCCCAGCGGUUCUAGAAGCGAGCCUCAACUGUCUAGAGAUCGUUGUGACCCAGCGAAAGCACGCUACCAACUACGUCGACGCGAGCGAUCACCUGAAGCAACGACUGGCCGACUCUCUAGCCAUUAUCAACGACUCCCUGUGGAGACUGUCCCUGUUCAAGGAAAUGUCCUCCACAAAAGACUCCCAACUGCAGCUAACCGAUGCCGAGUCGGCCAACAUCAUCCUCAAGCUGCCCGAUCUCGUCCAGGACGAUGAAGAUCGCGUGUUUCAAAGCGUCGAUCUUGACGUCCCAAAGCGUAGACACUCAAAGCGCCACCAACGGUACUCCCAACCCUCGUCCAGCGGCUCCACCAGCCACAAACUCCUGACCACGCAGCACUCACUUCCACUCCCAAACAAACUGCCCGCCGCAACAUCCUCGUUGAGUUCACUGUCCGUCUCCAAACCCAAAGCGCUCUUUUCCAAAAUCCUCGGAAGUCCCGAACGACUAACCACCCUCUGUCUCGUAAACAAGAACCUCGAAGCGGCCCGCGCGAUCGUCAAAACGCGCAACCUCACCGACACCGCGAUCGGCCAAGACCUAACCUUCCUGGACAGCUUUGCCCAAGUGCAGGACAAACUUACCACUCUAAUCGCCAACUACGAUCGCAUGCGGUCAGCACCAACCUCACGAGACGACCCGCUGCAGGAAAUCCGCUCCCGAACAGCGAUCGGCUUCGAGGCGUCCAAGAUCGUCAGCACGGUGGAGAACUUUGCCCUCGGCCAGCGCAUCGAGCAAAGCGACGACGAUCGACAACUCCUGGAAAAGUACACCGGGCAGUACCCGUUUCUCCGGCUGUUUCAAUCCGAUUCACUGAAGAACAUCCACGCGGUCGACCUGCUGCUCGGCCUACCGAUGAGCUACGACCUCAACUUGGCGCUGUACAACCUGGUGGAGAAGAGUGUCGACGGCUCCGACUCCGGGUACGCCGGCUUCCUGAAGCGCUUGAUCGACAACAUGCACCAGUACAAGCUGUCGAGUGACGGACGCCGCGAAGUCACCUUCCACGAACUGCUGAGCCGGGAAGUGUGCUCGCUCGAUCCGGCAAAGUUGGGCGCGGUGCUGGAGUCGCGAUCGCAGAUCGGCACGUUGCGUUCGCUUGAGGAUGUCCCGCCCGGGGGGCGUUGGGUCGUGUUCCGCAAGGUUCAACGGUUCGUGGAGCAGGUCGAGAAACUGCUGAAGCUGCACGGCGAGUGGGACGAGUCGUUCAAGUCGGGCGACGCGAUACGGCAGGAUUUGGAGGCGAUCGUAAGCCGGUUGGUGUUUGCGAAGGGCGUUGCGUUGGGUCAGCUGGAGCCGAUGGUCGCGGGGACGAGCUCAAAUUUGGCGCACAUCAUCGCGCGGAACUACGUUUGGGGGGUGGGGAAAUCGCCGCGGUCUGACCUCGGCGCUCGUGCGGAGGUGUUGGAGUACGUCAACGGGAAGAACGACCUGCUGGGAGCGCUGCUGAAGCAGAUCGUUAAUGGAAGUGGCGAUCACGCGCUGCUUAACAACCUGAACGAGUUGCCUGCUGUGAUCGCGUGCAAAGAUCUGUACGGUAACGUGACUGCGGCUGGUUUGGACUAUGACCGGUACGGGUUGGAGUUGCUGGAUGCGAUCGAGGACGAUCUGGAACGGUUGAAUUACCUUGAACUGAUCGAGGAGCGUGUGGGUCAUGGUGAUGGUGAUCGAAUUCAAGAAUUAAGACAUGAGAUCGUAAGCAGACUGAUCGAGUCAGAUCGGGUGGACGUCCCGCUACAGCAGAUCAUCAUGCGUACGAAGGACGUUCGUCAACAGGCGGAGUAUUUGCUACGGGUCAUCAAUCGCUUCCCGAACGCUCAUACGAUCAUUCAACUGAUUCAGACAGUUCAGCUGUCGAAAGAGGUCUCCGAGCUUCCUCCACAAACCCAGCAGUCGCUGGCAGAGUGGCUCAGCAAACUCCAAGUCUACAUCGAGGUCGGCCAAGUUCUGGAAAACGACGACUGGCGAUCGGUGCAGAGUCUCUCCGAGAGCAACAAAGAACUGGUCCUGUACCAGCUGGUUCAGCAAAACCUGUACGAUCUCUGCUCACGCUGGAUCCGCAUCCACCCACUGCAAUUCAACGAAGAAGACAGCCGGCUGCUGGACGUUUUCACCCUAGCACUCACGAAGGCCUCCCGCGAAAGCGACGAUUGCUCGGCACUGCUGGAAAUCAUCGAAGGACUUCCGGCGGAACGGGUUGUGCGUUUCUACGAAACGAUACUGCUGGGGGUGAAAAGCGAGGCGAUCAUCCGGCACGCGAUCGAAUAUCUGGAACGGAACGGUAACAACCGGAAGAUCUACCAAAAGUAUCGAAUUUCGCUGGAGAUAUUCGCCCAUUUGCCGGUUGGGAGUUCCGAGCGCCUUUGGCACUUGAUCAGUCGGCCUCUGUUGAUCGUUGAGCAGUUUCUGAUGAACUCCAAGCUGGAACUGCUGACUGCGGUGAUGAGUUCGAUGCGACCGCUGCUGGUGGCCGGCACCGUUUGUCAGAUUUGCUUCGAGCAGCGCGAGUACAUCCGGGACUUGCGUCGUCGUAUCAGCGGUUCCAUCAACCUGGACUCGAGUCACGACGACCAGUUCAUUACGAACGAGUGCGUCGACAGUCUGCUGCGGAUCUACGCCGGCAAGGCGUUGGACUAUCGUGUUUCGAACGAUUCGGCGACCUCGGGGGAGUCCAUGCACGACCAGAGUACGGAUCUGUCCUCGCUGGAUUCGCUCUGCGGGGCGUUUGUGAUGCCGAAGGAAGCUCCGACGAAGGAUGGGUGGGUUCGGGACGAGGACGCCUCGCACUGUAUGUGCUGCCGGAGGAGUGUCUUCUCGAUGCUGAAUCGACGCCAUCACUGUCGGCGGUGUGGCCGGGUCGUGUGUCACGGUUGCUCCAAGAAGAAGCUGGUCAUUCCGGAACUGUACGAGGAGGUACCUGUGCGAGCUUGUGACGACUGUGUCAAACAGAGCCAGCAGGCGAAACUUCAGGUUCCGGCGCAGAACGCGGGGAAGGUAGCGACAGGUGGCGGGUUGAACGAAUCUACGGAUGAGUGGCAGCUGACGGGCAAUGUCCGGAACGAUAAUAUUCUGAGAGAGGAGUACAGCUACGAGUACGCGCCGUCUACGAGCCAGUGUCUGGCGAUCUGUAACUUGCACAGCCAGAACGAUGAGAUCUCUUCCUUCCUACUGUAUCACUGCGUCAACCUGGAGACUCUGCUACGACCAAUACAUCCGGGCUAUCCAAAUCCGGAAAUCGACUACGCACUUGUUGCAAGGAUGUUGCUCAACCUAACCUUGGUGGCCAAAGUCCGCGGUCUUGACUUUGCGGAAGCGGACAAGAUCAAGGAGCACGCCGAGAUCAUCCUUUCGAUGGUGAAGAACGACUGCGAAGCCCUGCUCCUGCAAGAAUCCAUGAGCAGUGCCAACCUGCGCAAGCUUCGUGACGCCCUGGUCCGCUCGGAAAAGUGGGCCCUUGCGCUGGAGCUCUCCACAAAGUGCGGCUUCGCCACCAGCGGAGUUAUGGCCGCCUGGGGAAACACCUGCCUCCGAGCGGGAUGCUACGAAACGGCACGGGAAAAGUUAUCCCACUGCCUGCAGCGGAUGUCCACCGACUCCGACAACAGCACGAUUCUGAACUGCAUCGAAUCUCCGGAAACCAAACUGGCCAGCUAUCGGACGGCGAUCCCGCUCAAGCGACCUUCGCGAAGUCCUCCUCUUCUGCUGGAGAUCAUCAGCAUCCUGGAGUCGACGGCCCAGGCCCAACCUCCGGAGGUAAUCGCGCGAGCCAGCAAGAUCAAAAGCUCCAACACUUCGCUCGCGAGCAGUGGACGCAUCAAGAACAACGCCCCACUGCACGAACCGGCACUAAACGUGCUGAAUACGCUGGCGAAUCUCAAGCACAUCGCGAAAGGGAACUUCACCGACUUCCUCCCGGAACGGCGAGCACUGAGAACUCGCGACCUUAAGCAGCCACUUCCGGCCAACUCGACGGACUACCUUCACGGCCUAGAUUGCAUCAUGAGCACGUGGUUCUUCGAAGAGUCCAUGUUCUACCUGCUCAGCUACGGCGCCCACCAAGACAUCGUCGCCUUCCUCGUCAAACAUCGCCAGCUGCUCCCAGCGAUGAAGUACGUCCUCAUGCAGCACGUGGACCCCGAAGUCUUCCUCCAAACCAUCCUCCUACCCUACAUCCGUCGCGGCAAGCUCGAAACCAUCAUCGAAGUGAUGGGCAGCAUGGACGAAACCCUACUCAUCUGGAAGAACUACAUCAUCCACACCUGUCGCUACCUCGAGGCGAACCGCAUGCUCAACUGCCUCUACAACCUGCAACUCCUGCUCGGUGACCCGAUCCGUGCCAGCAUGACCUGCGUCCGCUUCUACUCCAUGGACGCCAAAACCUUCACCGAUCUCGAGGCCAACACGUUCCACCUCAAGAACAGCGCCUCCCACCUGGAAGCCGAACUCGAGCUGUGCCACUGGGAGGAGGUCACCAGCAACGAAACCCCGCCACAGCACAGUCGCAGCGAAACGCACAAGAGUCUGCUGAUGAAGAUGGACCCGAAGGAGCUCAACAGUCACAUCAACACGAUCCUGCGGCAGCUCGAGGUGGCCAAGUAUCUGGCCAACUGCGAGGCCAAAGGGCGCGACGUGAUUGGGCUGCUGCUCCCGAAGCUCUUCAUCGAGACGGCACGCAUUCCGACGCUGUUUGGGAACGGGCACGAGCGGCUGCAGCUGGCGGUGCUGGUGCUGAUCUGCGGCAAGAACGUCGACGAGGGAUUCGGGCUGUCGUACAGGAUCAUCCAGGACUUCAACCUGAGCAGCCUGCGCGUCUACACGCUGACGGCCAAGUUCUUCAUCAACGAGUCCCGCAUCGACGAGGUGGAAAAGCUACUGCAAGCGAUCGCCGGCAACGGUGGCGGUGGCCUGAGCGGUGAUGCGGCGGACACGGCCGGUUUUUGCGACGAACUGAUCCGGAACUGCGUCGAGAUGGCCAUCGGGGCGCACGGCAGCAGUUCGCACAUCAAGUCCGCGCUGGAGGCGCUCAUCAAGCGCGUCGCGGACGUCGGCACGAAGAUUCACUGCUACUGCGUGACGGGCCAGCUCAAAUCGGCUUAUUUGCUGGCGAACCGGACGGGGCGGUUGAGCGACGUGCGGAAGAUUUUGCGCCAGGCGGAGGUGCUGAACCAGGGCCACGUGAAGCGACUCUGCCAGGCGAAGUUGGCCGGGGAGGGAGGGAGCGGGGGAAGCGGGUCGGCGGCGAUGGGCCGGAAGUCGACGGGGUGAUUAUGAGUUUUUUUAGGGAAGUUAUAAUUAUUCUAUCGAAACAUGAGCAACGCUUUGUCAAUUCAAUUAUUUUUAAUUUUUAUUUUAUGAAACUUUGAAGUAAUUUCAUUUCAUUAAUGUCUGAUUUCGUCAAAAUUUUUAUUUUAAUUUAGUAAAACUUUUUAUGAGCAACAUUAUUGAUAACAG